GUGGGGAGGCCCCGGCUACCAGAAGGAGGAUCCAAGCCACAGCUUUCCUGCCAGCAGAAAGCAAAAUUAACAAGAACCACCUGGAAAUUCCAGCAGACCAGCUCCGACUGGAGCUCACUUUCUCAGAGUUCCUGCCCCAGAGAACACAGAACAGUAAACAAGGGCUGUUCCAGCUGUGGAGUUACCCUCUGAGCGAAGCAAGCACCGGGGAGCUCAGGGAUUUCAAAAUAUCUUCAGUGGGAACUGGCUGUGAUAUGACCAAUAAUCCCAUCAGGCUCUUCGGUGUGAACCCCCCGCUGACAAGUGCCUCAGUGGACAAGCUGGCUGGCUCCUGCCCCGCGCUGCAGGUACCAGUAAGUCUCUGCUGUACAUAUGCUGAUGGAGACUUUUUCAAGGACAGGAAUGAGCCUCAUAUUCAUUUAUGCUCAACUCUAGAAAACAACAGUGGAGAACUUUUAACUGCUCCAAACUGGAAUCUGAAGUAUGGAAAUAGCAGCGUGGAGGAAAAUUUAACAGAUGAAAGCGAUUUAUCAGAAAAUGAAAAAGCAAAUGAUACUCUACUCAGCUAUUUUAAAAAGAUGGACCUGAACUUAAAGCCAGAAACAAUAGAAAAUGUUGAAGAACCUUUCACAGAGGAAAUGAAUGAAGUAUUUCCAUAUCCUGAUUUUCUUCCUCCUCCUUUCAGUACUUUGGACUUGCACAAAUUGGCCCUCUCAAAAUCUGAUAGUUGGAAAAUGAUGGUGGAGGCUCCGGACAGUUCUCUGGAGCCGCUGAUGGCUCGUUUGCUGGACAUGGAAAGACUUCAGCAGCUGACCAUUCAGAGAGAAAGGCCCAGACUGCAGACCUCCUUCUGUGCCCCGGUCGUCACCGAACGACCCCCUUCCUCCAAAGCUGUCUCCAAAACAAGACAGCCCAAACCGCCUGACGCGGUGGGUCUUCAAAUGGCUUGUGUAGAGAAAAGUUAUGAGAGAAGAAAAAACAGUUCUGGUUCUUACAAGCCUGAACACAGUGCUUCCAAGUGGAACUGGAACGGCGCUGGCAAAUACAAGUGGAGUUCUAGACCAGCUCUGAAAGCCUCAUCCACCCCAAAACAGGUCACUGCAGCUCAUGAUGACUUUAAGAACCCCAAAAUCUCUGUUUUAAACCCAUGCCAAGAACUCACAAUCAAGCCCGCUUCUGUCCAGACGACUCAGCUGCUGGUUAAAACGGUCUCGGCCAGAUGUCUGCCACCAAAGUCUCCUACACCAAUUUCACCCAUACCUCUGUCUUUUCCUGAUAGUCACAGGGAAGAGACUCAGGCACCAAGGUCCAAAAAGAAACUUUACCGAAAAGAUGUAGUGCUGAACAGACCAUUCUGUGUUCAGAAGCUGAACUGUUGUUUAUCACCUUCAUUAAUAGCUAAGGAUAAGUGCUCACCCACUGACCAAAAAUAACAUAACUGUCUUCUUUCCUGCAUCUCAACAUGAGCAAAUCUAUUCCAAGAAGCCCAGCUAAAAUAUAGUUCCUUAUUCCGAGAUACAGGUAUUAUACACGCACACGUGCGCGCACCAUCCCUGAACGUGCUGUGGAGUGGAGCUCGUGAGAGUCCCAGCUGAGACGUCUACACGUAAACCAAGGGCUUCCCUGAUGAUGUGUCCUCCAUGUUAUGUUUCUAAGGAAUGUUUCACUUGGAAAACCAUGCUACUCAAGGUGGUUCUCUUGUUGUGAUUAUUUUCCAGUGUAAUUCCAUCAUCAAUAAAUGGUAUAACAGACUUAUCACUGGUAUGAUUAUUUUUUUAAAUUCUAUUAUACAGUAGUAAGAAUCGUAAUUUUUUUGUUAGAGUUGACUUGCAGUGUUGUGUUUCAGGGGUACAGCAGAAUGAUUCAGUUGUGUAUAUAUAUUUAUGUUCUUUCAGAUUUUACUAU